UUGGCUUUAUUAUCGCUCCAAAGCCGCUGGACUUCUCACACCCCUUUUAUCCCUCUUUGGAAUGCUUCUGAUUCCACUCCCUGUUCUUGGGCUGGGAUUGAAUGUGAUCAAAACCUUCGUGUCAUCACUUUCAAUCUCUCGUAUAAUGUUUCGGGUCCGCUUGGACCUGAAAUUGCACGUUUGACCCACUUGCGUACUAUUGCUUUGACCGCCAACCGUUUCUCUGGUGAAAUUCCUUAUGGGAUUGGUAACUGUAGCCAUUUAGAGUACUUGGAUCUCUCCUUCAACCAAUUUAGUGGACAAAUUCCUCAGUCAUUGACCCUCCUUACGAACUUGACGUUUUUGAACUUCCAUGACAAUGUUCUAACUGGUGCAAUACCCAACUCCUUAUUUCAGAAUCUUAAUUUGCUGUAUGUGUAUCUUGGUGAAAACAAUCUCAACGGUUCUAUCCCUUCAAAUGUGGGGAAUUCGAGUCAGCUGUUUCAUUUGUAUCUGUACGGAAAUGAGUUUUCUGGUUCCAUACCUUCUUCCAUAGGGAACUGUAGUCAAUUGGAGGAUCUUUAUUUGGAUGGGAACCAGUUAGUGGGAACAUUGCCCGAUAGUCUUAACAAUCUUGAUAAUCUUGUUAAUCUGGGUGUAAGCCGAAACAAUCUCCAGGGUCCAAUUCCUUUGGGUUCGGGAGGUUGUCAGAGUUUAGAAUAUAUAGAUUUGUCAUUCAAUGGUUAUACAGGAGGUAUACCUGCCGGGUUGGGCAACUGUAGUGCCCUAAGAACCUUACUUAUAAUAAAUUCCAGUUUAACAGGUCAUAUUCCUUCCUCCUUUGGCCGUCUAAGAAAGCUUUCACAUAUUGAUCUCUGUAGAAAUCAACUGUCUGGGAAUAUACCUCCUGAAUUUGGGGCUUGCAAAUCCUUGAAAGAAUUGAAUUUGUACGUCAACCAAUUUGAGGGACGUAUCCCUAGCGAACUGGGUUUGCUUAGUAAAUUAGAGGUCCUUCAAUUGUUCUCGAACCAUUUGAUUGGUCAGAUUCCUAUUAGCAUUUGGAAGAUUGCAAGUCUCCAACAUAUUCUUCUGUAUAACAACAAUCUUUCUGGGGAACUUCCAUUGAUAAUAACUGAACUCAAGCACCUCAAAAACAUUUCUUUAUUCAACAAUCAGUUUUCUGGUGUCAUACCUCAAAGUCUGGGACUCAACAGAAGCUUAGUGCAAGUGGAGUUAACUAAUAACAAGUUCUCUGGUCAAAUUCCACCUAAUCUAUGCUUUGGAAAGACAUUAAGGGUGUUAAAUUUAGGUUUGAAUCAAUUUCAGGGUAGCAUACCUUCAGAUAUUGGGACUUGUUUGACUCUUCAGAGGUUGAUUUUGAGAAGGAAUAAUCUAACAGGAGUUUUGCCAGAAUUUAUGAGAAAUCAUGGCCUUCAGUUCAUGGAUGCCAGUGAAAAUAACCUCAAUGAAAAAAUUCCGUUAAGUUUGGGCAAUUGCAUCAAUCUUACCUCAGUUGAUUUGUCUAGGAACAAGCUUACAGGUCUUGUACCGAAUGAGCUGGGAAACCUUGUGAAUAUCCAAAGUUUGAGCUUGUCUCACAACUUCUUGGAAGGACCUUUGCCACCCUCGCUGUCAAAUUGGACCAAGUUGAAUAAUUUUGAUGUAGGAUUCAAUUUAUUGAAUGGUUCUAUAUCUCAUAGCUUGGCAGGCUGGAAAGUCAUAUCCACAUUGAUUUUAACAGAGAAUCAAUUUACUGGAGGCAUUCCAAAUGUAUUAUCAGAACUUGAAAGCCUUUCAGUGCUAGAUCUUGGUGGCAAUUUGUUUGGAGGAGAAAUUCCUUCAUCUAUUGGAGGUUGGAAGAAUAUGUUUUAUUUCCUGAAUUUCAGUGACAAUGGGUUAACUGGCCAAAUACCUUCCGAGCUGAAAAAUCUGAUCAUGGUUGAGAAUUUAGAUAUAUCUCACAAUAAUUUGACUGGAAGUAUAAGAGUUCUUGGUGAACUAAGUUCGUUGUUAGUUGAGCUUAACAUUUCAUAUAAUUUCUUCACGGGUACUGUGCCACCAACAUUAAUGAAGUUUCUGAAUUCUCAUCCCGCAUCGUUCUUAGGUAACUCUGGGUUAUGCAUCAGCUGUGAUGAAACAGAUGGCUUAAUUUGCAACAGAAGUAGUAGUAUCAAAACUUGUGCUAGUCAUUCAAGCUCUCGGCUUAAUAAUACUCAAAUUGCAAUGAUAGCUUUUGGAUCUUCACUCUUUAUUGUUUUUCUGCUCCUUGGGUUGGUUUAUAAGUUUGUUUACAUCAGAAGAAACAAGGAUACUUUUGACACCUUUGCUGAAGUAGGAACAACCUCUUUGCUUGUCCACAAGGUAAUAGAGGCCACCGAUAACCUAGAUGAGCGAUUCAUCAUUGGGAGAGGAGCACAUGGAGUUGUUUAUAAGGCAUUACUAGAUUCGAAGACAACUUUUGCUGUAAAAAAGCUAACAUUUGGAGGAUGUAAAGGGGGAAGCCAGAGUAUGAUUAGAGAAAUUGAAACUGUUGGCCGCAUCAAACAUCGAAACCUGAUUGCUUUGGAAGAUUGUUGGUUGGAAAAAGACCAUGGUUUACUUAUUUACAGAUACCAGGCUAAUGGGAGCCUUGAUGAUGUGUUGCAUCAGAUGAAUCCAGCUCCAUUUCUACCAUGGGAAGUUCGUUAUAAUAUUGCCAUUGGUAUUGCACAUGGAUUGAUAUAUCUUCAUUACGAUUGUGACCCUCCUAUAAUACACCGUGACAUUAAACCGCAGAAUGUACUUCUAGAUUCGGAGAUGGAGCCUCGUAUUGCUGAUUUUGGUCUUGCAAAGUUGCUCGACCAAACUUCUGCACCAGCAGUUUCAUCCUUGUUUGCUGGAACAAUUGGCUAUAUUGCACCAGAGAAUGCGUUCUCAGCAGCAAAAAACAAGGCUUCAGAUGUUUACAGUUACGGAGUUGUUUUACUCGAGCUGAUAACGCGAAAGAAGCCAUCAGAUGCAUCAUUUACUGAGGUGGGGAGUAUAACUGCUUGGGUUCGGUCGGGUUGGAACGAGACUGGAGAAAUAGAUAGUAUUGUUGAUCCAAUGCUUGUGGAAGAACUUUUAGAUUCUGAUCGAAGGGAGCAGAUUAAGAAGGUGAUUUUGUUGGCUUUGAGAUGCACAGAAAAGGAUCCUAACAAGAGACCUAUUAUGAUAGAUGUUUUGAACCAUUUGAUUGAUUUGAAGAUAAACCAAUCGAGAGUAUUUUUGGAUUGAACAAAGACAAGUGUUUCCAAAACAAUUUUAUUUUAAAUUGUUUUUAGUUUUGAUAAAAUAAAUAAACAAACUUCGAAAGUUUUUCAAAAA